UAUUUUUUUGGUGCUAAUUCCAUGUACAAGACUCAUAAAUUUUAGUGUGUUGCAUAGGCUUAAAGAGUAGUGCUUUCUUCAAUCAAACGGAUCUCCCUCAUCUCACUCAGUAGUGCACAUAGGCCUCAUGUUUGGCUUGCAACUGUGGCUUUUGCCUUCAUCUGUUCUCCCUUGAUUCCAGCUAAACUUUGCAGUUCCAAGACCAAAGAUUUCAUUUCUGUUGGAAAGCUUUCUUGUUCCUAUCCAUAUAGACUGUACUGAAGAAGAUGGAAGUGGCAGCAAGCAUUCUGUCCAGGGUGACAGAGAGGCUCUCUCUUCUGGUAGUUCGAGAACCAGCAGUUUUGAUUGGAGUGGCAGAACCGAUUGAAUGGAUUGAGUGGCAAUUGAGGACUUGGGCUCCUGAUCAUUUAUGCUACUUCACAGAGAAAUUAGUGGACAUUGCUUAUGCUAUUGAGGAUAUUAUAGACGACCUUAUAUUCAAAGUAGCAGUACAGGGAAGGAGAAGAGGAGUUCUUGAGCAGUUGGUUUUAUUCAUCAGAAAUUUGAUUGAUCAACAUAUAAUUCACAAGAAGUUGGAAGGGAUCAAGGUUAGGAUCUCCAGUCUCCAAAGAACAAGAGUUUUUCAAGGUGCUAUAUCCAUUGAAGAAAUAGACUGGUUGAUAUCAACACACCAUCAGAACAUGGCCAACACAGUUGCUUCCCCUGUUAUUGAGAAAAUUACAGCCCUGCUAGCUCAGGAGGCACUUUAUUCUGAAGUGAAAAAGAGGGCCAGACGGAUACAAGAUGAAUUCAGGUUCCUGGAUGGUUUUCUGAAAAACUUAGAAUCAAAAGAAUUAGAUGAUAAAGGAAUGGUUUGGAUGGAGGAACUCUGCCAAGUUUCCUGUUCUGCAGUGGAUGUAAUUGGGCUUUUCAUCAACAGAAGAGAACAGCUUGGAAGGAGCUGGAUUGGACCUUUGAGGAGAGUUGUUUUGGCUUUUGACAGUUUGAGAUCCCAACAUAAGCUUGGCAUGGAGAUGGACAAAAUCAAAGCUAAACUCCUGGAUAUCUCUACAUGGAGACCAAGAGAUGUCUCUAAACAACGUCAAUGGAGAGUUCCAGAGUCUACAUUCAGAGUACUGCAACAGCCAUCACAAGAGGCCGAUAUUAUCAGCUUUGAUGAUGAUGUACAUGCAAUGAUGACACGGUUGCUUUCAGAUGACAAAGAUUUCUGUGCUAUUUCAAUUGUGGGCAUUGAAGGCAUUGGUAAGACCACUCUAGCAAAGUUGGUCUAUGACCAUGAUGCUAUUGUGAAUCAUUUCCCUUAUCGCGUUUGGACAUCUGCAUCUGAUGGUCCAUUUUCAUCUGAUCCUUUGACAAACAUAAUGACAGAGUUGAUGAGUCAAUUGAUGGGCUACAACCAAAGGGCGCCAGUAAGUUGGUGGAGCGAAAUGAGACAGGUGCUCAAGGCUUUCCUGGCUGAUAAGAGGUUUCUCAUAGUUGUGGAUGAUUUCAUCCAGGACCAUAUCUUGGAAGAAUUUGUUACAGCAUUCUUGAACACAUUGAGAGGCAGCAGAAUAAUUUUGACCACCCGGGGAACAACACCUUCAUAUACAAAAGCAAGGAGUCCACCUUCAUAUCUUAAGACUAUGAGUGUUCAUCAUGGACUGCGGUUACGAGGAGAUGAUGAGAGCUGGGCAUUGUUUACCCAUGUGAUGAAGGUAAACAUACCACCAGAACUGCUAGAACUGAGAAGGGAAAUUGUGAUAAGAUGUGGGGGCUUGCCAUUGGCGAUUGUAAGAUUGGCAGAUGUUCUGUCACAGAAGGAUGCAAACAUUGAUGAGUGGUCCAGUGUGCUUCAGCAACUCGACCAAGACCAAGAACAAGUUUGGUCCAAGGCCUUAUCUAAAAUCAGUGAGGAUUUGCCCUUGUACAAGCAGCGUUGUCUCUUUUAUUUUGGAUUGUUUCCUAAAGAUUAUGAGAUCCCAGUAAGAAGGUUGAUCAUGUUAUGGGUUGCAGAGGGCUUGGUGCAGCCAGAGGUUGAGAAUGAAGAUCCAGAAGAUGUUGCAGGGAGGUGUUUGAUAGAGUUGAUAGCUGAGGACGUGGUUCAAGUGACAAAGAAGAAGCUUGAUGGGAAUGUGAAAACAUGUCGUCUGCCCUAUGCCCUACGGCAACACUGGUUAUCAAAAGCUCAGCAGGCCACAUUUGUUCAGGUUUAUGCCAAGACAAGAUCGGAGUUGUCCAUAAGCACUGGUUUAGUCCGCCGCCUUGUUGAUCAUCUUGACAAAGAAGAUUUCAGCUUUGAUCACAUCCAUGGUGACUACAGCAGAAUUUCCACAUCUUUGAGACCUCAUUAUCAAGGUGUCGUAUCCUUUAUAUCAUUUGAUUCUCAAGAAGGAAACAAACCAGGAGAAGACAUAGGAAAAUUUCUUCAUCAAUGCAUUUCUAGCAGUUGCUUUCUACUACUACGGGUGCUUGAUCUUGAACAUGUAUUUAGACCUAAGUUGCCUGAAGCACUUGGUAAGCUAACUCGACUGAGGUACCUUGGCUUGAGGUGGACGUUUUUGGAGAUGCUUCCGUCAUCCAUACGCAAGUUGCAAAAUCUUCAAACAUUGGAUUUGAAGCAUACUUACAUCAGCACUCUUCCUAGUUCAAUUUGGAAGAUGCAGCAUCUAAGACAUUUGCUCUUAAGUGAGAGUUACCGGAGUAGAUUUACACUUCAACCAAGAGUUUGUUCUCUAAUAGCUCUUCAAACCUUGUGGGGAUUGUUUGUAGAUGAGAAGACUCUGGUUAAGGGUGGCCUGGACAGGUUGGUGAAUGUUAGAAAAUUGGGACUGGCAUGCCGGUUAAUGCCAUCCCAACAGCAGACAAUGUUAUCACAACUGGAGGCAGUGGCUAACUGGGUUCUAAAAUUGAAACAUCUUCAUACUUUAAGGCUGAAAUCGGAUGAUGAAGAGAAUCAACCUUGGGAUCUAGACUUGAAGCCUUUAUUAGCCCAUGUCAAUCUCUCUAGUAUCUACUUGUUGGGAAGGUUGAAGAACCCAUCUAUUGUAUCUGAGUUCCCACGGAGUCUCUCUGACCUUACCCUAUCAGGGUCAGGACAAAUGGAAGAUCCAAUGCUAAAAUUGGAUAAGCUUCCCAACCUAAAAAUUCUUAGGUUGUUAGCCAAAUCCUAUACAGGAAAGCUCAUGCUCUGCCCCUCAGGAAGCUUUCCACAGCUUCGAGUUCUUAAACUAUGGAAGCUAGAGCAACUGGAGGAAUGGAAUGUUGAGGAAGGAGCACUGCAGGCUCUGAGAGAUUUAGAGAUAAGGUCCUGUAUAAGGUUGAAGAUGCUUCCCAAAGAAUUGCUACAUAGGAGCUUGUUGGAAUUGAAGUUGACAGACAUGCCUAGUCAGUUCACUGCAUAGGAUUGAUUGCUUAGCAGACCAACAACUUUUAUGUGUAUGCAUUCCUUUGCUUUUCUUAUAAGUUUGAUAAUAUCUUUGGGUGCUUA